AUGCGAGCCCUGCCAGCCCUGGACGCGCCCCAGAACGAGCGACUGCUGACCCGGGACCCCGCGGCCCCCAGGGUCCGGGACGCGGCGGGGCCAGCACGCAGGAGCGCCGUGGAGAGGCUGGCGGCCGACCGCGCCAAGUACGUGCGGGGCCCUCCGAGAGCCGGCGCGGGCCCAGCGGCCGCGGGCAGCAACCCCGCGGCGAGCGAAGGGACCGCGGGCGAUCCUCGGCCUCCGCCUCGCGUCCCCGGUGCCGUGGCGCGCAGGGCCAUAGCUCGGAAGCCGCUGAGGCCCGACUCGCUGGUCAUCUACCGGCAGAAAUGCGACUUCGUCCGAGGCCAGGGCGCAGACAGCUCCAGGGCGGGCCUGGUGAAGAAGCUCUUCCAGGGCCCGGGCAAGGACAAGACGUCGCUGCCCCCGGAGACGCCCCAGGUGGGAGAGGAGAUCGGGGCCAGGCGCGAGGAGCCUGUCCCGUCCAAGCCCGGCUCUGCGGCGGCCUCCGCGGCCCCCCGCGUUCCCGCGCCCCCGGCGCGCCCAGCACCCUGUGGGACGCCCUCCCCAGUGCCGGCUGCGCCCCGGGGCCCGGAGCUGCAAGGAUCGAGGCGGGGGCUGCAGCGGUCGCAGUCAGACCUCAGCUGCCGCUACUCUGCGUCCUUGGCCGAAUGGGACACCUUCUUCCAGUUCUGCGGCCUGGAACCGGAGGUCGUGGAAGCUCUCGGGAGGGAGAACUUCUCCGCGGGGUCGGACCGCGUCACACUCAAGGUCCGCAGCGUGAGCGUCGCCACCUCCGACAGCGGCUUCUCCCGGCAGAGCGGCAGCGACGCGGGGCUGCAGGAGGAAGGGCUGGCGGAGCAGGUGCCCAGCACCACCUCGGUGGUCGAGAGGAACGCCCGCAUCAUCAAGUGGCUGUACACCUGCAGGAAAGCCAGGGAGAAGCCCGGCCAGGCGCUGCAGGGCCCCGCGUGAUCGCUCGCGCUCUGCGGAGACCUGGACCCCAGGAAGUGAGGUUUCCAGACUGUGGGGGCUCCUUGAAGUAUGUCCUGGAUGACUGGGGACCUGGGGCCAUCCUCAGUGCCACAGGA